AUGGCUUCCAUUCACUGGGCGCUGCUACUCUUUCUUGUACAACUCCCCAUACUGGCCACCUCCAGCGCCCACAGUGAUGGUAACCUCACACUGUGGUGCCAUCCAGACCAGGCUGCAGCGCUUCUCCAACUAAAGCAAUCCUUCUUUGCUGCAGAAACAACCGCUACUAUCCUCCCGUCAUGGCAAAAUGGCACCAAUUGCUGUCUCUGGGAGGGCAUUAUCUGUGAUGCUUCUUUUGGUCUUGUGACUGUACUAGACCUCAGUGGGUAUGGCCUAAACAGUUAUGGCUUGGACCCUGCGCUCUUCAGCCUCAAAUCCCUCCGACGUCUCGAUCUUAGCAUGAAUUCUUUAGGAGAUUACAGCUACAACAUCACCACUGCUGAGUUUGAGAGGCUUGCUCUGCUAACUCAUCUCAAUUUCUCCAACUCGGGCUUGGAUGGCCAGAUACCUAUUGGCAUCAGCAAACUCGUUAACCUUGUCUCCUUGGAUCUUUCAAGUCACAGAGUUUCCGAUUAUGAUGAUCCUACCUCUGCAGGUGACAGUUUUAAUCAUCUUCGGGAGCCCAAUUUUGAGAUCCUGGUAGCGAACCUCAACAAUCUAAGAGAGCUCUACCUUGAUGGAGUGCAGAUAAUGUCUAGCAGCGGUGAAGAUUGGGGCAAAGCUCUUGCAAAAUAUGUUCCUCAUCUUCAGGUACUUAGCUUGGAGGGAUGCAGGCUGAAUGGUCCUAUUCAUCAUUCCCUCUCGAGCCUCCAUUCUCUUGUUGCGAUCAACCUUGGAUCCAAUGAUGCUGGUCCGAUUCCAGAGUUCUUCGCAGAUUUUCCCAAUCUAAGUGAGCUUCAACUUUCGGAUAUGAAUCUUCAGGGGUGGUUCCCUCAAAGAUUUUUUCAACUCAAAAAUUUAAGGGUCCUAGAUUUGUCCUCAAACCCGAAUCUCUCGGGGCAUUUGCCAAACUUUCCUCAUGCAAGUUCUCUAUAUACUUUGAGGCUAGAGGGGACCAACUUCUCCUCUGCUAAACCAAGUUCUUCUGGCAAUUUCAAGCUGUUGAGGGAGUUAACUCUUGACGGGAAAUUUCUAUCGAUGGAUUUUCUCUCUUCAUUUGGUGUACUUGGGUCUUUACGCCAGUUGAAGGUUUCUCUGAUGGACUCACAUAAAGAGUUGGGAUCAAUUUUGUCAUGGAUUGGAGACCUCAGGAACUUAACGAGCUUGGAACUCUAUGUGUGCGACUUCUCUUGGACUAUGCCUUCCUCUAUUGGUAACCUGAAGGCCUUGAGAAGCUUGACAAUGUUUGAUUGCAACCUCCCUAGGCCCAUAUUGUCUGAAAUUGGAAAUCUCAUUGGCUUGCAAAAGUUGGAACUAUCUGACUGCAAAUUACAUGGUUCAAUGGCAUCUUCAGUGCACAACCUCACAAAUUUAAGAAGCUUGUAUAUUGGGAGUUGUGAUGCUUGCGGAACAAUGCCAGCUGCAAUUGGCUAUCUCAGAAACUUGAGAAGGUUGGAGAUCUCCGGUUCUGACUUUUCUGGGUCCAUACCAUCUACCAUUGGCAAUCUGACUAACUUGAAAAGCAUGGUUAUUUGGUAUAGUCAGCUUUCUGGGCCAAUACCUUAUGCAAUUGGGCAACUCAAGGAAUUGACACACCUAACUAUUUUUGGCGGGAACAUUUCUGGGAGGAUACCAGGUUCACUUGUCAAUAUAACUCAACUGACAGAACUGGAUAUCUCCUAUACUCAUGUGAGCGGUCAUAUUCCGGCACCUCUUUUCGCUCUUCCAAAAUUAAGGUACUUGAAUCUUGGUUCGAACCAACUUUCUGGUCCUAUAGAAGAGUUCGACGCGCCAUCUUCAUGCUUACAGCUCGUGAGUUUGAGCAGAAAUUCAUUGGCAGGCAAGUUUCCCAAGUCAUUCUUCCAACUUGCAGAGUUGGUUCAUCUAGAAAUCAACUUGAACAACUUUGAAGAUUCAGUGGAUCUUUCAUCAUUUGGGAGGUUAAGAAAGCUCACUGGUUUGGAUCUUUCACACAAUAAGUUGUCUGUUAUGAUUGACGAAGGCAAUAACUCUCUGUCUACCUCUCUUUUUGGACUGGAUGAACUGGGACUAGCAUGUUGCAAUAUAACCAAAAUUCCUAGUUUUUUGACACAUCUUGACAGAAUGGUUUAUCUAGACCUUUCUUGCAACAAAAUCACUGGAGACAUACCAAAGUUGAUAUGGGAGAGAUGGAACAAUAGCCUUUUGCAACUAAAUCUUUCACACAACAUGUUCACCGGUAUGCAACUUACUUCAUAUGCUCUUCCAUUCAGUAGGUCCCUGGAAGUGUUUGAUCUUAGUUCCAAUAGGCUGCAGGGACAGAUCCCUAUGCCAGACUUAUCAUCAGAAUAUUUGGAUUAUUCACACAACUUUUUCUCUUCUGUUCUCCCAAACUUCACGUUGUAUCUCAGCAACACCAACUAUCUCAGUAUGUCCAACAAUAGUAUAAAUGGAUAUAUACCAGAAACAGUUUGCAAUUCCAGCUUGGAUGUCCUUGACCUAUCACAUAACAACUUUAGCGGGCCGAUUCCGUCCUGUUUGAUAGAAAAUGCUCGACGGAGCGUAUUAAAUUUGAGAGAGAAUCACUUUGAAGGGACGUUGCCAUCCAAUAUUACAAGCGAAUGCACUUUCCAGACAAUAGAUUUACAUGACAAUAAGAUUGAAGGACAAAUUCCGAGGGGACUUUCUAACUGCAGUUAUUUGGAGGUUCUUGAUAUUGGAAACAAUCGAAUAGUUGAUACUUUUCCAUCCUGGCUAGGGGAGCUUUCCAAUCUGUAUGUUCUUAUCUUAAGAUCCAACCGAUUUUAUGGCUCCAUAGAUGGUGAUAUUGGGAAUCACAAAUCAAGAGGGUACUUCUCUAGCUUGCAAAUUCUUGAUCUCGCCUUGAACAACUUCUCCGGCAAAAUGAAUUCAGAAUGGUUUGGUCAGUUGAAAGCAAUGAUGGCCAACUUCAAUGGUUCUGGAGAUAUUGUCCGUGCUACAAACUUAAAUGGUAUGGCGGAAUACUACCAAGAUUCUACUGAGAUCACAUACAAGGGGUCCUACGUGACAUUUGUAAGGAUCCUGACCACUUUAAAAGCAAUUGACCUUUCAAAUAAUAGAUUGGAAGGUACCAUUCCUGAGUCAGUUGGACGGCUUGUUUCACUGCGUGUACUGAACAUGUCACACAAUGGAUUCACGGGAGAAAUUCCAACCCAGCUUGGCGGUGUGACUGAUCUAGAGUCACUAGACCUGUCUUGCAACCAACUUUCUGGGGAGAUUUCACAGGAACUCACAAAUCUGACCUCUCUAACCACCCUGAACUUAUCUGACAACCAGUUGGUGGGGAAGAUACCGCAGUCACGCCAGUUCCCCACAUUUGACAGCAAUUCAUUCGAAGGGAAUUUGGGACUGUGUGGACCGCCAUUCUCCAACCCCUGUGGCGUUUCACUUGCUCCUCCAGGCAUGGCACGCAUGGAGAAGUCUUCUAAUGUGGAUAUCAUCCUGUUUCUCUUUGUCGGGCUGGGCUUCGGUGUUGGAUUUGCAGCUGCCAUUCUGAUGAGAUGGGGUCGAAUCGGAAAAUGGUUUGUUAAAUCUGCAAGAGCUUUGUGGAGGACUUGA